GAGGAGCAAGUUCGGAACUCUCACGCCAACGGGUCUCUCUUCUGCGCCAUCAUGAAACCGUGUUUGUUCAGAAUCCGCAACUAGUCUUGCCAGGAGCUACUUUUACGGCUAAAAAUCUACCGGAAGCUGCCGUCGUCUCGCGUACUUGUAGGCCGGACAGCUGAGGGACUCGCUGAGUGGCGCGGGAGGAUUGGCGGCGACAUGCUGAGCGGAGGCGCGAGCCACGGCGCCGGCGUCAGAAGCCACCGCCCGAUGGUCGUGGUGCUCGCUGUGGGCGCGGGCGGCAGGUCCAGGCCGGUUCCGAUGCUGAAGAGAGCGGCGAAGAGGCACCGCUCCCCGAGAUCCAUCCGCCGCCUGGACCACAACAACAACAACAGCGGCCUGCUGCAGCCCGGUACCGAGGGCCCGCUCACCGCGCUCCGUCACGGCAGACACGGAGGCAAGCAAGAGCUGCUCAAGUCCAGAUGUGGUCAUCACGACCGCAGCGUGGCGCUGCGGGCCGCCCCGGCCUCUCACGCCCACGCCGGACACCAGCGCCUGGACCAGAACCUGCGCGGCAUCCGAGUGCGUCCCACGUCCGGGCCGCUCCUGCUCCACUCUCCCCGACUCCUCAAAGAGGCGGAGAAGGUCUACGCCGGGGCCAAGUUCAGCGAGCCGCCCUCGCCCAGCGCCCUGCCCAAACCCCCGAGUCACUGGGUCUGAGGUGCCGGUCCGGGCCAUGUGUUGACUGAAGCGCUGGCGCCGCCGAGUGGCCACUGAUGGAAACAUAUGUGUGUAUGUUUUGAAUGGCUUGUGUUCUGAGGUCUGUUUCUGACCGACCCGUCUCACCGGGUCUGGACCGACCCUUGCCCUGGUUCGGUGGCUCAUGCUUGUCUCAAGCCUCCUCCUCUGGACCCAACGCUCGACUGGGGUCACCCUUGCUGCUGCCAACCCCUCGUUCCUGGUGCUGUAGCGACACCUGUUGCCACCUCUGUUUUGGACCUGAACCAUGAGGACGGGACCGGCUGAGAACUGUUGCUGGACAGAACAGAACUCCCGUCAGUGGUUUGUCAUGAUUCCUGUCGGCAUCGUACUGAGCGCGCUCAGUAGGUGGACCUCCAGAACUUAAGAUUUUUUUACUGCUGUUUUUUUUUUUUUUAAACUUCCUGAAGCUGUGUUUGUCAUUAAAGCUAGAAACUGAAGUGCAGCUCUUCUGUCUCCCUCC